AUGUCGAGCGUCAGCCCCGCAACGGCAGUGGUCCCUGGCGACCGACGGUCCGGCCGCAACUCCACCGCGAGCUACCGUAGUUCUGGCCGGUCCAGCAUUUUGAAGCGACGGCUGAGUGCCGUCAAGGUUGUGCGAACGUGGCGCGUCUCAGUCUUACCUGGGCUCGUCAUGUUUCUGUGUACCCUCGCGCUUAUCUUUCUCUCCAUCUUCCUGCUCGUCCUCCUCAUUUCGCAAGGCAUGUUCAAUCGCCAAGUCGUGACUGUCAACGCGCAGCUCGCGGAAACUUUUUUUUGGGCGCCGUACGACCAGUCGUGCAUGCUCACGUCGGCUGGUCUCCACUCAUGCGGCACGGCGACGACCAGCAUCAUUCCCACGACGCCGUUCGCGGCCAUGGGGACAGAGCUGGCCAAGCUAUGGAACGCGGAACUCAUGGAAGCGGGAGGAAUGCUGUUUAUCACGUCAUGCGUCAUUGGCGGCACGAGCAACGUCGGGUGGACGAAUCUCCAGUUGAUUGCAGGCUACGACAAGUUUCCCGAAUGCCUGCCGACGGCGCCGCAGGACGUGGCGGGCAUGGCCAUGUUGGAGACCACGAUCCGAGACCACCACGCCGACGGUCUCUACUUUCUAACGCUCUACAGCGACCUUGAUCCGACCAUGACACGAUUUACUUACGUCAAUUCGGAUGGAACGACACAAAACCUGAUCGCCAACGUCAAGCGGAUGCUGAUCACGGUGGACGGCAAGAUCGAAGCAGACUCGUUGGGACGUGACUACAUUAUCACGUCGCGACCGCUGGGCGAGCGCUACCUCGUGACUGGUUACUGCGACACGGUCGUGGAAGAACUCAGCGAGUUGAAAGAGAGUCUCGGGCUCACAGGAUGGAGCCAAGGAAAGCAUUCGAAGCUGCCGAUCGUGCCGGGAUGGAGCUGUGGCCACAACGUCGAGCACGCCAACGAAGUGAUCGUGACGCAAGCACUCGCGUCGAUCCUGUCGUUGUGGUUUAUCGCGGGCGAUGUCUUGAUCACAAUUGAAGGCCUCCAGGGCCUCCUCAGCGGCAAGCCCGUGCUCAAAUACACAGUCCUGUCGGGGCUCGAACGGCGCAAGUGGCUCCUCGCGUGCAUCGUGGUCAAUUCGAUGCCAGGGCUGCUCUACAUGGAUGUGUCGCGCAUCUACUAUUACUCGGUCAACGGGUUCAAGAUCUUUUCGCUGUCGUCGGUCAUGGUCGCCAACUUUUUCACGUUCGGGUUCAUCAUGAUGCUGAGCAUCGUCGACACGGCCUUGGGCGCCGUCCGCUCUUUCCACUCGUGUGUGGGGUACUCGGCGCCCGUCUUCCUCGCGUCGUCCAUCUUCUGGCUGUCCGAGGCAUGGUGCCACGACAAGCUGUUUAUGGAUGCCUUCAACAAGUUCUACUCGGCCCCGGCGUUCCUCGCGUUCACAGUCAAUGGCGCCGAGUGGCCCAGUGGAUCGUAUGUGGCGGAAGGCACGCCGCCGAUCGUGACGUUCUUGCUCGAGACGAUUGCGACGGCAGUCGGCGGCAGUUUUGCCCUCUCCAUCGCAACCUCGUCCAUCUAUCGACGCCUUGUCCAUGACGAGUACGGAGUGGCCGGGAAUGGAAUCGAUCGAUCGUGGACCCUGUUAGGUGGCUUGUCUCGACCACGUGGUGCCGCAACAAUUCGUUGCUGCCGACGCUCCACUUGCCGAAUUUGAUCACGGCGCUGCCGCUCGAGCCGUCCAACGGCAUCAAAAUCGGCAACAGAACGUAUUGCAAACCGAGCACGAUUGCCCUGAUGGGGUACGCCACCGUCGUGAAAUACCAGAAGCGAUCCCCGACGCAAGAAUGCGACUCGCACGAGCCCGCGACUCAAGUGAUCAGCAUCUACGCGCUCGUGCCAUCGAUGGUCGUGCCAUCUUGGGUCCCGUCGCUCGGCACCAUCGACCAGAACCAGUUCACAAGAACGCUGGGCAAGCACCUUGCCAAGGCGACCCCAGUCAUGCACACGCGAGGGUCGUGUGUCGUCUAGUCGAUGAGACAUGGCGCAGCGAGUGUGGCAUAUAUAUCACGACAACAACACGAUUCCUCGCUACAUUCCACUGC